CGCGGUCGCCUGGGAGCCCCCGCGGGGGGGGGGGGUUAGGUCCCUGGAGGCUGCAAUUUCUGGCGCCUCUUGGAGAGCCGGUCUCAAGAGGAGGCAUCCGAGGCAGGGGUCCGCCCGAGGGGCUGGCUACAGGGUGGGGGGGACCCCGGCAGGCAGGCAGGUAGGCAGACAGAUCCUGGGGCUGAAUGAAGGGCCAGUGGGCCGUGGAAGCCUGGAGGGGUGGGUAUCGCGCGGACCAGACAGGCUCCUGGUGCGGACGGACGGACACAGCCCAGCCCAAGACCGGCAGAGGAGGGGGCCUGCGGGGCUGCUUCAGAGAUGGCAGGGCCCAGGGGCAGACGGUGUCCCGGGAUGAGGGGCAGGGGCUGGGAGGAUGGCAUCGGCACUGUCCAAAGCCCAGGGUGCUUGCUGCAUGAGGGCCCGCAGAGGCGACCGCAUGACCAUCAACAUCCAGGAGCACAUGGCCAUCAACGUGUGCCCCGGGCCCAUCCGGCCCAUCAGGCAGAUCUCAGAUUACUUCCCCCGCCUGGGACCAGGACCCGAAGGCGGGGGCAGGGAUUUCAGGGAGGCCCCUGCCCGCCUUGCGCCUCUGGCUCUGGCCCCGCCUGCAGCCCUUCUUGGGGCCACCACGCCUGAGGACGGAGCCGAGGUGGACAGCUACGACUCGGAUGACACCACCGCGCUGGGCAUGCUGGAGUUUGACCUUCUCUACGACCAGGCCUCCUGCACCCUGCACUGUAGCAUCCUUAGAGCCAAGGGCCUCAAGCCCAUGGAUUUCAAUGGUCUGGCCGAUCCCUAUGUCAAGCUGCACCUGCUGCCUGGGGCCUGCAAGGCCAAUAAGCUCAAAACAAAGACUCAGAGGAACACGCUGAAUCCCGUGUGGAACGAGAAUCUGACGUACAGUGGGAUCACAGACCAGGACAUCACCCACAAGGUGCUCAGGAUCUCCGUCUGUGACGAGGACAAGCUGAGCCACAACGAGUUCAUCGGGGAGAUCCGAGUGCCCCUCCGCCGCCUCAAGCCUUCGCAGAAGAAACAUUUUAACAUCUGCCUGGAGCGCCAGGUCCCGCUGGCUUCCCCAUCCUCCAUGUCAGCGGCUCUGAGGGGCAUCUCCUGCUACCUGAAGGAGCUGGAGCAGGCCGAGCAGGGGCCCGGGCUGCUGGAAGAGCGCGGCCGCAUCCUGCUGAGUCUCAGCUACAGCUCUCGGCGCCGGGGCCUGCUGGUGGGCAUCGUGCGCUGCGCCCACCUGGCCGCCAUGGACGUCAAUGGCUACUCGGACCCCUACGUCAAGACGUACCUGAGGCCUGACGUGGAUAAGAAAUCCAAGCACAAAACGUGUGUGAAGAAGAAGACUCUCAAUCCAGAAUUUAAUGAGGACUUCUUCUACGAGAUGGAGCUCUCCACUCUGGCCACCAAGACCCUGGAAGUCACAGUCUGGGACUAUGACAUCGGAAAGUCCAACGACUUCAUCGGCGGCGUGUCCCUGGGGCCUGGGGCCCGGGGCGAGGCCCGGAAGCACUGGAGUGACUGUCUGCAGCAGCCCGACGCAGCCCUGGAGCGCUGGCACACCCUGACCAGCGAGCUGCCCCCUGCCGCCGGGGCCCUGCCCUCCGCCUCCGCCUGAGUGCACGGCCCCUGCCCGGCACGGGCCCUGUGGGGCCGGAACCCCACCUUCGCACGAGUGUGUUGCACGUUUACACGGGGUGGAUGCCCCGCCCCCCACUACCUGUCUUCUUUUCGUGAGCGUCUGCGUGACCGUGGGUCUGUCUGUCUCGUGAGGGACCGUGGCGAUCUGUGUUCACAUAUGCAAACUUCCUCCUGCCUGACUCGCUCCCACGCAAAUAUGCAAACACCUUCCCGUGUGCGCCCAAGGG